GGAGCCAUUGCGAAUUUGCAAGUUGCGACCCAACCGAGUCGACCACGGACCACUCGUUCCGUUUCAGCUCUAGCGGCCUCUCCACCCUUCUUCGUCUCCCUCCAUCCAAGACGCUUGCUUCCACCACCGCGGUUCCACCUCUCUAUCUCUCACUCUCUCGUCUCAUUCCCUCAACGGUGCGUGCAGUGGUGAUCCACCAAGACCGGCAUAACUGAUUCCCUCUUUCCUUGGGCAUAAUACAUCUUCCUGCGCCGUGGAGUGUUACCUUCUGCUCCCUUUCUGUGAGGCUAUGGUGGUUCUCGCGAAGCUCGGGGCGCCAAGCACGCCAGGUUUUAUGAUGGACAGAAGGAGACUGAUGUUGAUCCCAGCAAUCACCAUUGGCAUAGGCUCCUGUCAGUACACGUUUGAGAAGGGAGCAGCGAAAGCUGAAUUUGCUGAUAUGCCUGCACUUCGAGGUAAAGAUUAUGGAAAGACAAAAAUGCGGUAUCCAGAUUACACUGAAACAGAAUCAGGACUCCAGUACAAGGACUUGCGGGUUGGUGAUGGCCCUUCCCCAAAAAAUGGGGAGACUGUUGUGGUUGAUUGGGAUGGCUAUACAAUUGGAUACUAUGGUCGUAUUUUUGAAGCUCGGAACAAGACCAAAGGUGGUUCGUUUGAGGGUGGUGACAAAGACUUCUUCAAGUUUAAGGUUGGAUCAGGGCAGGUCAUACCAGCUUUUGAGGAGGCUAUAUCAGGCAUGGCUCCCGGAGGAGUUAGGAGGAUAAUCGUACCACCGGAUCUUGGGUACCCAGAUAAUGACUACAACAAGUUGGGUCCAAAACCAACGACAUUCUCGGGACAAAGAGCUCUUGAUUUUGUUCUACGGAAUCAAGGCUUGAUAGACAAAACUCUGCUAUUUGACAUUGAGCUUCUCAAGAUAAUUCCAAAUCAGUAGUAUAUAAGGUAUGACGAUUAUGCCUGGAAGAAAGGAGAACAUCUUAUUCACAUCGAUCCAUUAUUGAAGAACUGUGGUAAAAGGAUAUACUGUGUGUCUGUGUGAUCAAAUGUGAAAAGAAAUUUGCUAGGCGUAUGUGCACCUACGUAAUGAUGUGAACAUAUCUACGUACAUCUCCACUAAACAUGUCUCUUUUGAAAAGAUGUGUAUGCAGUUUUCCACCACUGAAGCUGUAUUUAGAUACCUCUCUGGUCACCACUACUGAGCGUAUAGAGGAAGUGAUCAGAUGGCGAAUUGCUGAAAGGAACAACAGCAUUCUAGCUGCAAAAGUUGUAAAUAGACCAAAAUCUUGCCUCCAUCUAUCUUGAGUAAUUCCUUUGUAGCCUAAUAACAUGGUUCUCGUGGAAUUAUUGAAACUUGAGAAUUGAUUGAUUGGAUCGCGGAAUCA